AUGCAGAGGCAAAGACGCAUAAAUCCAAAGGAAGAUGCCAAAUAUUACAUUGAUACCAAAACGGACAAAGUGGGGCUUGAUGUCAAGUACAUCAGUGCCUUUAAAGGCCGUGGUAUCUUUGCCACAACCUCUUUUCAGAAAGGAGACUUUCUGUGUGAGUAUCGAGGGGAACUGAUCAGUAAAGAGGAAUCUGGCAACACAGAACAGAUCAGACCUGAAAAUGACCAGGAUGAGAUGUCAACAAGUGUCCCAAAUGAGACAGAUCCAGUUCUGGAUUCACUCCCCAUUAAUUCAGAGGUGUUGGAGAAAGAAAUGUCUCAAAGUCCAGACUGUGCUCAUUCAAUGUCUACAGUUGGCAACACAGAACAGAUCAGACCUGAAAAUGACCAGGAUGAGAUGUCAACAAGUGUCCCAAAUGAGACAGAUCCAGUCCUGAAUUCAUUCCCCAUCAAUUCAGAGGUGUUGGAGAAAGAAAUAUCUCAAAGUCCGGAUUGUACUCAUUCAAUGUCUACAGCUGGCAACACAGAACAGAUCAGACCUGAAAAUGACCAGGAUGAGAUGUCAACAAGUGUCCCAAAUGAGACAGAUCCAGUCCUGGAUUCACUUCCCAUUAAUUCACAGGUGUUGGAGAAAGAAAUGUCUCAAAGUCCGGAUUGUACUCAUUCAAUGUCUACAGCUGGCAACACAGAACAGGAUUCAAAACAAUCAGACCUGAAAAUGACCAGGAUGAGAUGUCAACAAGUGUCCCAAAUGAGACAGAUCCAGUCCUGGAUUCACUCCCCAUUAAUUCACAGGGGUUGGAGAAAGAAAUGUCUCAAAGUCCUGACUGUACUCAUUCAAUGUCUACAGCUGGCAACACAGAACAGAUCAGACCUGAAAACGACCAGGAUCAGAUGUCAACCGGUGUCCGAAAUGAGACAGAUCCAGUCCUGGCUUCACUCCCCAUCAAUUCAGAGUGUCAAAGACAUCACCUGA